GUGUUUUCCCAGCGUUACGUCACGUGACAGGACGAGCUGGCCUCUCGCGUUCUGUCCGCGUCGUUACCGAAUGAUGUCCCCGGGCCGAUUACUGGAGUAGAGGUCUUCAUCGCCGCUGGGAAUGGAGCCCGGCGACCGCUGAGAUUGGGCCGAAACCGCUGGACGACACGGCGACUCGCGGGGGCCAGGUGCGCGCAGAUUCCCCCGGUGAUGGCCUCCGGGUGUCGGUGACACGCCCGGGAGCCGGUAAGGGGGACUGCGGCCUGGGAGCUCAGGCACUUCACGGUACCCCGGGCGCAACGGCUCCACCUCCUUCCUCCUCCUCGUCGUCAGGCGGGGACUGCUGCUGGUGGAGGAUGUCAGGCCGCCGCUGCGCCGGGGCCUCGGGCUCGGCUGCCUCUCACGGAGAUACCGGGGGGAGCGGGGAGCCGGCCCGGGAGCUGUUCGAGGCCUGUAGGAACGGAGACGUGGAGCGGGUGAGGAAGCUGGUGACCGGCGACAACGUGAACAGCAGGGACACGGCGGGCAGGAGGUCCACCCCGCUGCACUUCGCUGCAGGAUUUGGACGGAAGGAUGUUGUGGAACAUUUACUGCAGAGUGGUGCCAACGUCCACGCUCGUGAUGAUGGGGGUCUUAUUCCUCUUCACAAUGCCUGUUCUUUUGGCCAUGCCGAAGUUGUCAACCUCCUGCUGAGACAUGGCGCUGAUCCUAAUGCCCGUGACAAUUGGAAUUAUACCCCUCUCCAUGAAGCCGCUAUUAAGGGCAAAAUAGAUGUCUGCAUAGUGCUGCUUCAGCAUGGAGCAGAUCCAACGAUCCGUAAUACAGAUAGCAGGACAGCUUUGGACUUAGCGGACCCAUCAGCUAAAGCCGUUCUGACAGGGGAAUACAAAAAGGACGAGUUGUUGGAGAGUGCUCGAAGUGGAAAUGAAGAGAAAAUGAUGUCUCUGCUCACACCCCUCAAUGUUAAUUCCCAUGCUAGCGAUGGAAGAAAGUCCACACCACUUCACUUGGCUGCCGGCUAUAAUCGUGUCAAAAUCGUAGAGCUGUUACUUCAACAAGGAGCAGAUGUACACGCCAAGGAUAAAGGAGAUUUGGUGCCUCUUCACAACGCUUGUUCGUACGGCCACUUUGAAGUGACAGAGCUUCUUGUUAAGCAUGGUGCCUGUGUUAACGCAAUGGACCUUUGGCAAUUUACCCCUCUUCAUGAAGCUGCCUCUAAGAACCGUGUGGAGGUGUGUUCCCUCCUGCUGAGUUAUGGAGCAGAUCCCCACAUGCUCAACUGUCACAACAAAAGUGCCAUUGAUCUGGCACCUACACCACAGCUAAAGGAGCGAUUAGCAUAUGAAUUUAAAGGUCAUUCAUUGCUUCUGGCCGCAAGGGAAGCAGAUGUCGCUCGCAUUAAGAAACAUCUCUCACUGGAAAUAGUCAAUUUUAAACAUCCUCAGACUCAUGAGACUGCACUGCAUUUUGCUGCAUCUUCUCCAUACCCCAAGAGGAAACAAGUGUGUGAGCUGCUUCUUAGGAAAGGGGCAAAUGUCAAUGAAAAGACCAAAGACUUUUUGACGCCACUCCACGUUGCAGCAGAGAAGGGCCACAAUGAUGUUGUGGAGGUGCUGCUGAAACAUGAGGCAAAGAUAAAUGCAUUGGACAAUUUGGGGCAGACAUGCCUCCAUCGUGCGGCACAUUGUGGCCAUUUACACACCUGCCGAAUUCUCUUGAACUCAGGAUGUGAUCCAGCAAUUGUAUCACUACAGAGUUUCACCGCCCUUCAAAUGGGGAAUGAGAGCGUUCAGCAACUCCUCCAAGAAGGCUUGUCGUUCAGUAAUACAGAUGCAGAUCGCCAGCUGCUGGAGGCUGCAAAAGCUGGAGACCUAGAAAUUGUAAAGAAACUAUGUAAUUCACAAACCGUUAACUGCAGAGAUGUAGAAGGGCGUCAGUCUACACCCCUCCACUUCGCUGCAGGGUACAAUCGCGUGGCUGUAGUGGAGUAUCUGUUGCAGCACGGUGCUGACGUCCAUGCAAAAGACAAAGGGGGCUUAGUCCCAUUACACAAUGCCUGCUCAUAUGGACACUAUGAGGUAACAGAGCUACUCGUUAAACAUGGAGCAGUUAUUAAUGUCGCAGAUUUGUGGAAGUUUACGCCGUUACAUGAGGCCGCAGCAAAAGGGAAAUAUGAGAUCUGCAAGUUACUGCUUCAGCAUGGAGCUGAUUCAACAAAGAAAAACAGAGACGGGAACACUGCUUUGGAUCUGGUCAAGGACGGCGAUACAGACAUUCAAGAUCUUCUUCGUGGAGAUGCUGCCUUAUUAGAUGCUGCUAAGAGAGGCUGUGUGGCUCGAAUUAAGAAAUUGUGCACCCUGGAAAAUGUCAACUGCAGAGACACGCAGGGCAGGCAUUCUACUCCGCUACAUUUAGCUGCUGGCUACAAUAACCUGGAAGUUGCCGAAUACUUAUUACAACACGGAGCUGAUGUAAACGCACAAGAUAAAGGAGGACUAAUCCCAUUGCACAAUGCAGCAUCUUAUGGGCAUGUGGACGUUGCCGCUUUACUUAUAAAAUACAAUGCAUGUGUUAAUGCCAAUGACAAGUGGGCUUUCACCCCACUGCAUGAAGCUGCUCAGAAAGGAAGAACUCAGCUGUGUGCUCUGCUUUUGGCACAUGGCGCAGAUCCGACUUUGAAAAACCAAGAGGGACAAACCUCAUUAGACUUGGUUACUGCUGAUGACGUACGCGCCCUCCUCGCAGCAGCUAUGCCCACAGCAGCUCUACCAACAUUUUGUAAACCUCAAGUGAUCAAUGUUUCUCAGCCCGCAAAUCCAUCAGUGGGAGUUUUGUCAGCUGUGCCCGCUAGUCCGCCGACGCUUUCUGCUGCCAGCAGCUUGGACAACCUGGCUACCAGCUUCCCUGAUGCGCCAGCUGGAAACAGUGGCGUCGCUGAGGGAGCCACCGGAGUAGAGAAGAAGGAAGAGGUACCAGGCGUUGAUCUCAGUAUCAAUCAUUUCUUAAUGAACCUUGGACUUGAACACUUAAUUGAAAUCUUUGAGAGGGAGCAGAUAACACUAGACGUCUUAAUUGAAAUGGGACACAAAGAAUUCAAGGAAAUCGGAGUUAACGCUUACGGGCAUAGACAUAAGAUCAUAAAAGGUGUGGAGAGGCUUAUAUCGGGGCAACAAGGCUUGAAUCCAUAUUUGACACUGAACAACUCGAACAGUGGGACUAUAUUAAUUGACCUUGCUCCAGAUGAUAAAGAGUUUCUUUCUGUCGAUGAAGAGAUGCAGAGCACAGUCAGGGAACAUCGAGAUGGCGGACACGCAGGUGGAGUCUUUAAUAGAUACAAUAUCUUAAAGAUACAGAAGGUAUGCAAUAAAAAGCUGUGGGAAAGAUACACUCACCGGAGGAAAGAAGUUACAGAAGAGAACCAUAAUCACGCUAAUGAAAGAAUGCUAUUUCAUGGUUCUCCCUUUGUAAAUGCAAUUAUUCACAAGGGGUUUGAUGAAAGGCAUGCUUACAUUGGUGGCAUGUUCGGGGCCGGCAUUUACUUUGCUGAAAACUCAUCAAAAAGCAACCAGUAUGUUUAUGGCAUUGGCGGAGGCACAGGAUGCCCAAUUCACAAGGACCGAUCUUGUUACGUUUGCCAUAGACAGCUGCUGUUUUGUCGAGUGACAUUGGGGAAAUCUUUCCUUCAGUUCAGUGCAAUGAAGAUGGCUCAUUCUCCUCCUGGUCAUCACUCAGUCACUGGGCGGCCUAGUGUCAAUGGUCUGGCUCUAGCCGAAUAUGUCAUCUAUAGGGGAGAACAGGCCUACCCAGAAUACUUAAUCACGUAUCAAAUAGUGAAGCCCGACAUUGCAGCGGAGGGAUGAGACCGACGCCUGGACUACGUAACCUUCUGUGUGAGGCUGGCAACUGGAGAAGAGACUUAAACAAUGUGAAUACAUUGCACCGUUUUCAGAGACUUCGAGCUUUAAGAAACGCUUAGCGUAUUUCCUGGACAUUCACAAAAAAUAUUGUUUAUCAGCACUUUAACAGACGCCAUUCUUGAUAUAAAUGGGUUUGUCUAUAUUUAAUUCUACACAAAGAAAUGUAUUGCAUUAACUUGAAUUUUAAUUCCUGGGUUCUGAGCAUCUACUCCUGUAAAAAUGCAUUACUAGAAUUGUGUAUUUUAAGACGCGGCAUUUACACUGAAUCCAGUUAAUUUGUACAACUGUAAAUAAGAGCUUUUUUCUACUAGCCCGCUAUUUAUUGCUUUGUAAUAUAGUCUUUUAAAACGGCAACUUGUACAAAAGGGGAGAGAAAAAAAAAAAAUGCACCGGUCAUAUUAUUGGAAUGAGGGCUCGGGCUGUCCUUUGUGUACCACAAUGCUGGCCGUUACGUACCAAAUAUCAGGACGGUCUGCCCGCGAAAACUGAGUCGAUUUCUGUCCACAGUACGUAGUUAUAGGGUUUUGCACGCGCGCUUAUAGCACCCUUCUUUUAAGACAGAGAUGAAAGUUAUAAUUUUAGGGAAUACCAAAUAAUUAAUAAUUUUUUUUUUUAUACCAAAAAAAAUAAAAAGCCAUGUUCUCAGUUGGGGGUCUACUUAUGAGAACUCUCCUCUUGCAUUACGUUUUACACCUGACCAAGAACCACCAUACUACCAGUUCUAAAGAAGUCCCUUGAGAAAUGAAGGCAAACAGAUAUAUAGGCUAACUGCACACGGUGCGGAUUUGUUUGCAGAAAAUCCGUAGGAAAUUCACACCAAAACCGCACAUAAAUCCAAACUAUUGCAGUUUUCCUUUUUUUUUUUUUAUAUAUAUAUAUUUUGUUUAAACAACCCAAAUGAAGUCUAUGGGGGAAACCACUUAAAGCCUGGAAUCAAAUAAUUGAUAUGCUGUGGAUUUACCAAAAAACUCCAUAUUUAAAAAAUACAAAUCUCCUUCACUUUGCUGGUACUGUAUUAUGCAGCAUUUUUU